GAAGUUCAAUGCAUGAGUGAGGUCAUAUUACGAAUUUUAAAUUAUAAAGGAGGUAAACAAUGCCAGCUAUACCAAAAGAGGCGUUUGACAAGCAUGCUUAUCUCACCACUGAACUAAGCAACUACAUCGGCAGUUCGAUUGACAAUGAUCAGUAUCAACGACUUUUAAAUAGGCUGAAGUCUGUACUUACUCCAAAAGACAGACAAAAUGCUAAUACCAUUAUGGACAUCCUGGAAUCUAUGGAGAAGAAAAGCUAUAUUGCACCUGGCAAAUAUGCAGAUUUAAAAAAGAUUUUAAAUGAAUUUGACGAACGAAUAGUUCGAGAUGUAAUAGAACCAAUAGAAGAAGAAAUUAGCGCUAUCUUAGAAAAGAAUUCAACCAAUACUGCUCUACCCCCUGGACAAAGUGAUAGUAGUAACAAAGAAGCUGUUGCAUCAAGUUCUACUGACAAACAACCACCAAAAAAGAAAAGGAAAAUAUCCGAAAUUGCAAUACCGGAUUCAGCUAAGUAUGUGUAUGAGAAUUCCGGUCAGAAAGGUCUCAUGUUGAUACUGAAUUUCUCUCGAGACCGAGAAGGAAGUACAGAUGACGUGGAAAAACUUACAACUUUCUUCGGAGGCAAGUUUGAUUUUGAAAUUGAAAACCAACCCGAUUUGAAAAAAGAAGAUUUACAGAAGGAGUUGACUGGAUUUAGAGAAGAGUACCUAAACAGUCCAAGACAUUCAAAGAAAUACUAUUGUUUUGUUUGUGUUAUAAUGAGUCACGGGAAUGAGAAAGGAAUCAUGACCGAUGAUAAACAGGCAAUUUCAAUCGAUGAAAUAACCUCAUACUUCAAAAAUAAAGAAACACCUCACUUUAUUGGAAAACCAAAGAUAUUUAUAGUCCAGGCGUGUAGAGGUUCAUCUAUUCAACCAGUAAUAACACCAGACGACUGGCCAGAGGAUAAAAUGUCGGUACCACACGAUGCUGAUAUUCUUAUAGCAUACGCAACUACUCCAGGGUUUAAAGCCUUUAGGACGAAGUAUUCUGAUGAAGGAGCAUGGUUCAUACACGUAUUACUUCAGGAGAUUGAAGAAUCCUACGAAAGCGACCACCUUGAAGACAUGUUGAUCUCAGUAAGAUAUAAACUGGCAAUUGACGAGGAAUGGAGGCGGCAUGAAAUGUGUCAAAUGCCAUGCACAUGGACAACCUUGACGAAAAGACUUUUUUUCAGAUAACGCAUUCGUAAUGAGUGUUGAAAUAUCGAUAAGGCAGCUUUGCACACACAUAUAAAUUUUCUGUCCAUUUUAUUGGGAAAAUUCAUCGUAUAAUAUGAAAAGAUUGUAAAAGUCAUCUAUACUUAUGAUAAAGGCAUAAUAAAAUAAUCAUGAUCUCUAA